CUGCUGUUCUUCGCUUCUCCUCACUUUCCUCUCAAGCUGCGCGCAGUUUGCUCCUAAAGACCAAGGCGGAGGGAGAAAAAAAACACCAGGAGGGGACGAUUCCUGGCGCAUUCCCAGGAUGGAGCUUUCUAGCUGGUUCCUCCCCUUGCAAAUCCUCUCCAUCUUGAUGACAUUCUCAUUUCUAGAAGGAUUCUCCAUCCAAGCCGUCUGUGGCUGAGCUGGCCGGAAAGUUAAAGGGUCACAUUAUGCCAAUGCCCAACUCAAACGAUGAGUUGCCUUAUCGAGGACGACCUCCUUGUUCUCUAAAGUUGCAAAAUCCUUCACAAGAUAAGGAAGUGUCAGAUACAUCUGUCUCUCCCACCACCUUCAAAACAAAGAACUCCUCCAUCAUUGAGAAACUGCAGGCCAACCUCGCUCUAUCCCCCACAGCUCUUCUGCCUUCACCCAAGGGUUCAGAUGUGAAGCUGCAGCCAUCACAGUUGUCGCCCUCCACGCCCUGCACGCCCCUGAGCCCCACCCUGCGACCGCUGCAUCUGUCCAGCGAAGAUGAGGAUCCUGUUAGCUUCGACAGCCCACCUGAAGGGACCCCGCUGCCGAGCUUUAAUAAGACCCGUCCACGAUUAUCAUUCAAGAGGCGUCCGCCUACAAGACAACACAGAAGGUCAGCUGGAGAGGAGGCAGGUGCUACAAGUGACCAUUCCCCCUGUGAACUGGAUGCCCCGAAAGAAAAUGGGAACAAGGACCAGGUGUUUGAGAAUCUAAUGGGGGAAGCUGAAUCCAAGCAGCUGAGCAGUGUAAAAGAAGCUGAAAACAAAGAGGAAGACUUUGAAAAGAUUGAGGCCGAGGUGGCACAGUCUGACCCAGACGACAGACGGGAUCUAGAGCAGGAGGCGGAACAAGAUCUACCUGCAGAGGCUUUGCAGGAGGGACAGGAUCCUUUACUGUCUGACGAGCAGAGGAAGGGGGACGUUGAAACAGAAAAGGGGCAGGACGAGAUGCCUCAAGUUGCAAAACAAGAAGAAAACGACAAUAUGUGAACUAUAAAAGCCUUUUCUUUCUGGAAAAAGAACAUACAAAUAGGUAUAUGAAUACAUUCAUUAGGAGAACUACCCUAUUUAAGAGAUGGUCUAUUUAAAAUAUCUCCGCCAUUUGAUUUUAAAGGACUCCGCCGCCCUCUACUGGCUGUCUUUAGAACAGGUCUUUCAGCACUGGACAGUUGAGAAAAGCAGCUGUUUGGAAAACAGCUGUGGAAACAUGGAAAGAAAAAUCCUCACUUAUACCUGAUCAUGGGAAAUAUUUGUUAAAUUUGCAAAUCCCUCUUUUUGCUGAACUUUUUUUUUUUAAGUACAAGACUUUGAUAUAAGUUACGAGUUCAGCCCCACCCCUCUGGCCUGUCAUGAAUGCAGUACAGAGAGUAACAUUAAAUAAAAGGAUGGAUAAAGGUAUAAAAUACCAGAGACUAGAUUAGGGCUCUUUUGUAUGUGAUGAUAAACUGAAUCAUUUAAAUUGACUGUCCUUAAAAAUACUGUAUAUGUUGGUUUGUGUGGAACAAAAUGUACAGCUGUUCUGACCUUUAUGAGUAUUAAAGUAAAAUAUUUCUAGAAUCUUUCAAAUUACAGUGCCCUAGACAAUUAUCAAGACUCCUGAUUGUGACGGAUAAAAAGCCUUAAAAACCUUGGAUUAUUAUCCUGCUGAUAGACCCAAUGAAAACUCAAUGUCAUUUCUUUGGUAGAGUUCACUGAUUUUGAAAUAUCAAAGAGCCGGUGAUGACGCACAUUCUAUCAUUGUCCUCAAGGCUGUUGGAAGAGAAAAAGGCCCACUGCAUGCCAGAUCCUCCCCUGUACCUAACAAUGGGCAACAUAUUCCUGUUCGCUGUUACUACAGUAAAAAUUGGAAUUACAAGCACCACUUCGACCAAAGUUUUGAAAUCAGGGAACAUUUCUCCAACUGAAGUGAUCGGAAAUCAGUAAGACCUCCUGGAUAGCAAGAUGCAACCAAGAAGAUAGACAGACCCACACAUUGACAGGUCCUUUACUUUUCCUUGCAGUGAAAAUGAUGUCCUUUUUCAAUGAAAUUAUCAUGUUUUACCAGUUUCUAUUUUAAUAUCAGUAUCAGUAUUUUAAAGAACCUAUGACGCCACGAUGCACGCCGAGGGUCUAAAUCGAGGAGAAUAGCCCCGUUGUAUAUCGAUCCUCCACUACAUUGGAAAUGAGGUAAUUUUAUCACUCUUUCCUCCUUUGCCAUCUAGUUGGCAUGAAGUGGUUAUGUAUAACUUAGUGACCACCAGUGAUGUCAAUAACGAGUUACUUAGUAAGGCGUUACUGACUGUCGGACCACUUUUUCAGUAAUGAGUAAUCUAACGCGUUGCUAUUUCAAAUCCAGUAGUAAGACUACAGCUACUUAUCGAAAUUACUUUGCGUCACCAUUUGUAAUUAUAUUUGUAAUUAAAUUUUAUUUCCUCUACGUGUCUUGGGAGAAACCGCCAUUUCAAUCUGGAGAGACUCAGACGGAGAAAGACAGCGAUUAAAAAGGUUUAUUGACAUACAUAAAUUAAAGUUUUUUGGCGCUCGGGCCCCUGCUGAGGACAUCGAGCUGUGAAUUGCAAUAAGCUCGGAUGAGCAUUCCCGAUGUAGGUUAGGAAUGUCAUCCCCCGGGGCCCGACGCUGGUGGUGGAGGUCGGUGGAGGAUGUGUGCCUGGAGAGCCAGGGAGAGUGGAGGUGGAGGAGGGUUGAGCGCAGCUGAAAAGCGGAAGAUGCCAUGGAUGGAAGGUCCUUAUCAACUGGGCCUUGGUCGGUGAUUGGCCGUGACCUAUCCAGCGUUGAUAGGUCGGCGGCGAUGAGCUGGACGCGCCGAUUGGAUGAUGCAGGUGAGGCUAGAGAGUCUUCCAGUUUGAAUGUGCGCCUAGGCUUCAUUUCUAUGCGACAGUAUCAGCAGCGACAGAAACAGAAACAUGGAGGGGAGAGGGAGAUGCGCAUUUUGUUGCUGGAAAAACAGAAAGUAUUUUGAGUUUCCUUCGCCAAGUCCUAUUAUAAGCAGCUUUGGGCUUGUUUUUUUUUUUCUAAAGUCGCUUGCAGAUUUAGUGAGUCCGCGUGUUGCGCUUUUUGGGCUUGGAAAUAAGCAGACAUAAACCCCAGAAUUUGUCUGACAUCCAGUUAGUUUUAGUUCAGACUCUCCCUGUCCUAUCGUUUCCAGCGGGACGGAUCAUUUCAACCGUCCCGCUGUGUCUUUGUUAAUGUCAAGUUAAUAUAUUACCUGUGAAUUACGUCGAGCUUCGCGUUGCGCUCCAGAAAACUGCAAAUAUCGAGACUAAUAUGGACAGCGCAAUAAACGUGAAAACAACCAUGAAUGAACGAGUUCGUAAAGUUGUGCAACUAAACACCAUUAUAAUUAUUUUGUUUUUCCUUAAUACCUAAAAACAGAAAUAAAAUUGUGGUUCUUGAAAAAUAUCACCACAAAUUUCCUAUAGCUGAUAUUCAAGUUGUUUUUUCAUGAGCAACAUUUUCUGACUGUUUUAUUCAGCUGGACUGAGCAGCGUCUUUGGGUUGUUAAGGUUGCAGACCCCUGGACUGGACAGACCUGCCCACACUUAAACACAAUCACCACCAAAGGUUUGUCUGGUGACAUCAGUGGCUUAAACAUGGCGCCCUCUUUGACGUUCUCCAACAUUGUUGACGGCUAUCAUUUCUUCUCGGCGUAAAUCGACUUUUACCAGAGAACAGAAUCGAGUUUGCUGGUCCCUCGUCCAUGACGUCUGUGUGUGGUGGUAUGGUCAGGGUACCAACGAAGGUCGUCCAGUAAGCGUUACAUGCUGAUAUAAAUGGUUUCGACCGAUCUGACGUGUCUCUCAACUCCCUUAAAUGUGCUUGGAGUUGAGUGGCAUUUUUCAUCAUUCUGUUCCCCAGGGCAUUGUUCACAAAGAAGCAGCCAUCAGUAGUGGAUGUGGCCAGAGGACGUCCACUUCUGUGUGUUUCUGUGACUUUUCCGGUGUUUCUGUAUCUCUGUUGUAACCUUAUGACACUCUGUGACGCCCUAAGCUCAGUAGCCACUUCCGUCUAAUUACAUCCUGCCCUGAAACCCCACAAUGGCGAGGCACAGUUGAUCAUCUGCUAAGUGUCGUCUUGGUCUUGUGACAUCAAAGCGUGAUGAUGAUGACAUUUAUUGGUUGAUUCCUGGUUAAAACACCUGCUGUGAAUUUUGUCAUUCGGCUCCGUAUUACAGAAAAGGAAGUGGUGCAAAAAGGACUGACACAUUGAACAGUUAGACAUGAGCACUCAAAGGUUUAGAGAAGGUUACAUUAAGUUUACCUGUAAAGGUUGUAGCACAUUUUGGACUUCAUCCUGUAAUUUCACCCCUAUCUUGUAUUAGUAAUGGAUAUCAUGCCUGUUUGUGAUUUUAUUUUUAUGAGGGGUUGUUUAUUUCUAAAUAAGAUUUGGUAAUGUCACAUAAUUUAUUUAUUCACUGUGAGAUUAAGUCAUACAUUUAUCCUGCAUAUCACUGUAGUUAGAUAAAUAUUUGUAAAUUCCUAAGCAGAUACCGAGACAACUGGAUAAUGUAAGUUGCUUUUCUUGAAAACUUAAAGUGCUGAUUUUCAUGAGUAUUUUAUUCAUAGAGUGAGUCACCAGCGACUUGUUUUGUAAAGAUGAUAGAGUUCAUAUCUUGUGUUAUUCCUGGAAUCUGCUGAAGUCUUUCUUCCAGUUUGAGGUUACUGCCUCAAGAUUUCAGAUGAACUGUACUUCCAAGUAUGACUUUACACAACUUUUCUAGUUCUGAUUUUAAACUCUCUGUUUCCUUUUCAAGAGUUCAAGUUCCUUCUUCAUGUUUCUGUGGUGUCAGUUGCAUCAUCUGUCAUUCUGCUGUCUUCUGUCUUUUUUUUUUAAGCAAUAGAGGGUUUCACCAUAACAAACUUGUCUGUUUGGAUGUUAGCUCUCACUGUGACUUUAACUGUGGGAUUCCCACUCACACUUGACAUGUUUAUACAUGUUUGUACAAUUGCAGACGGUUUCUGACUGUGUUAUGUUCUGGCCUGUCUUUGCACAAGCUGUCCCUGGAUGUCCUGUCUAUGUACAAUUCUGUUUGAUAAAGUAGGGUAAAGAUAUCCUAAAAUCCUUUAAAAAUAUGUUGUCUAUGCUGGUAUUUAUUAGAUUUAUUUGAUGCUGAAAACUACUAUAAUUCUGUUCUUUCAAAGCAUGUUCCUGAAUAACUAAACAGCCAAAUGAUUUGUAGAUUGUGUACAAAUAUUUAUGAUAAACCGGCCAGAUGACUUCCUGCAACAUGGUGCUCUUCACUGUAGAUGUGUUUAGCAAAUAUAUUCCUACAUAUUUUCCAUUUCUAAUCUCAAUACCAUAACCAAUUCCAGAGUCACAUUUCCUUAGUUAUGGGUCCAGUUUUUGCUAAAUUUGGGAAAUAUUAGUCCAAAGGUUUUUCAUUUGAUUUGUACAAAUCAUAAAGCAACACAAUGUUCAAGAUUACUUCAAAUUUGGCAAUAUAACAAAGUUAUUUUACUGGUUUGUUAAACAUCUUUACUAAUUUACAUCAACUAUCAAAAUCUAUAAUAUAGUUUAAUGAUAUGUGAUACCAAAAAUUAGGUGCUUCAUGUGCUUUGAAAAAUAGACCCAGAAAGUAAAACCAUAAUGUAUGAAAGUCUAAUAGCUAUAAACAACUGAAGAAUUCAUAAAACUGGACAAAAAAUGUGCAAUCCCAGGUCUAAAGGAAAUGACGUUUUAAAAAUACAUUUUAAAAUUCAAAACUCAACUAUUUAUUCAUACUUAAUUUUCCAGAUAAAAUAUAUUAGAAUCUCACCAAACAGUUAAGUUAUUUUUGUUAUAAGAUGCAAAACAUGAAACUCGUCUAUUACCCAUAUCCAUUUCACAAAAAGUAAUAUAUUUCAAGCCUUUGUAUCUAAUUAGUGAUUAUGGCUUACUGUUAAAGAAAAGCUCAAAUUUAGUUUAAAAAAAUGUGUGAUAUUAUAUAAAACCAAUAACAUGAAAGAAUCUUAAAAACAUAAAUGCCAGUCUACUAAAAGAUAUGUCUCUUUAUCCUACAGCAUAUUCACCCAAAACUUGGUGUGGGCUCUUUAUGAACUAAGUGCAUUAAUGAAGUGAUUAUGUCUACAUCUUUUAGUCUGAUGUUUCUUGUAUUUCUUUAAUACUCCAUAGGUUCUCUACAGCUUAGGUCAGGCCAAAUGGCUAACCAAUCAAACAUAACGAUGCCAAUAGUGGAAAAUGAAAUCGAUAUCUUCAUACAAUGUGCUCCUGGUAAGCAUCAAUGCUGACUUUUAACUUGAACUAAAACAAAUUCAGUUGAAGUUUAGAGUUUCUCUCCACUCUUUGUCCUAGACUCUGUCACCUUAACUUACAAAAUAAAACAUUUUUUACUUUG